AUGGCCACUCUCAGCCCUCUGGAGAUGACUCUAGUUGACUCGAGCUCAGUCGAGGUUCACUUCUUACGUUACCUGGGCUCUGUGGAUUUCAAGCUCAAAGGCUCCAACGACCCGGAUCCGGCUUUACAUCCUGUUUGGUCUGCCAAGGUCCCAAGAGACAGCCGAGUGCUGGUAUGGCCAACAACUGCCUCAUGA